CAGUGUUUGACACACAAGCGUUUGACUGAGCGAGCAGAGCGUGUGCAGCGGUAAUGGCUGCGAGGGAGAGUGAGGAAGACAACAAACGAACCUCCGAGAAGCGACUUUAAAGUGAGGACUAGGAUGGUAAGCAGCCAGCCGAAAUACGAGCUAAUCCAGGAGGUGGGGCGCGGCAGUUACGGCGUGGUCUAUGAAGCAGUGGUGAAGCGUACACGGGCCCGGGUGGCGGUGAAGAAGAUCCGCUGCCACUCUCCAGAGAAUGUGGAACUUGCCCUGAGAGAGUUCUGGGCCUUGAGCAGCAUCCAGAGCCAGCACCCAAACGUCAUCCACCUGGAGGAGUGCAUCCUACAGCGAGAUCACCUGGCCCAGAGGAUGAACCACGGCUCCAGCUCCCCGCUCUAUCUCGAGCUUGUGGAAACCUCUCUCAAAGGUGAGAUCUCCUUUGACCCUUGCUGUGCCUACUACUUGUGGUUUGUCACGGACUUUUGUGAUGGAGGGGACAUGAACGCAUACCUGCUGUCCCGAAAGCCCAGCCGGAAGACCAACACCAGCUUCAUGCUGCAGCUGGGCAGUGCCCUGGCCUUCCUGCACCGAAACCAGAUCAUACACCGCGACCUCAAACCAGACAACAUCCUCAUCUCGCAGGCGUGCACGCCUGCCGGCUCAUGCGAACCCACUCUCAAGGUGGCCGACUUUGGUCUGAGCAAGGUUUGCUCCACCUCAGGGCUCAACCCAGAGGAGCCAGCCAGCGUCAACAAGUGCUUCCUGUCCACGGCGUGUGGAACAGACUUCUACAUGGCUCCAGAAGUCUGGGAAGGCCAUUAUACAGCCAAGGCUGACAUUUUUGCCCUGGGGGUGAUCAUUUGGGCCAUGGUGGAACGCAUCACCUUUGUAGAUGUGGAGACUCAGAAGGAGCUGCUGGGGAGCUACGUGCAGCAGGGCUCAGAGAUUGUACCGCUAGGGGAGGCUCUGUUAGAAAACCCAAAGAUGGAGCUGCUGAUCCCUGCCAGGAAAAAGAGCAUGAACAGCCACAUGAAGCAGCUGAUCAGGGAGAUGCUGUCGGCCAACCCUCAGGAACGGCCCGACGCCUUUGAACUGGAACUCCGAUUGGUCCGUAUCGCUUGCAGAGAGCUGGACUGGGACACGUGAUGGACGGGCAAAGCGGACCAUGAACUUGAGCCAUCCAGCACAUCUCGUCUGCUGUUGACCUUCGAUACUGUGGCGUUGUGGUUUGUAACUAGGAAGGAAUAGUUAGAAUAGACUUUUAUGUCCUAAGCACACUCGGUCUUCUACUAGCUGUGUCUUUGCAAUGAAAGAGAGAGGUGUGAUACCCACAGCUGCUGCUGCUGCUGCUGCUCCGAACUGCAGCUUCGUCUCAGGCCGUUCACAUCACAGCAUCACUUCCUCCUCACACGGAAGAACCAAACUACCCCAAACACCAGUCAGAAGGAACCAGUCACUUGUCUUCAAUACCAUCAUCAACUCGGUGCUAAUUGUGACGAAAUGCAAUACGAGACAUUUCCCUGUGAUUUAUUUUGCUUCUUCCAGUGUUUGUUCAGGAUUCAAAGGGCCCAUGAAACCCCAGACACCUCAGCUGCUGGAUUAUGUUUGAAAAAUGUUUACAGCCUGGCAGAAUGCCGUCACCACCACCAGCGUUCUUACUGUUUCUAAUAGUGGCAUCGUGAUUUGAGCCUAGUUUGGCAUCGGAUGCAUUUUUACCCUGAAUGCUCAGGUAAUGAAAACAAACAGCAUGAUGGUAUUUGUAGACAAACGUCAGAUCUUUGGUGCUUAGUGAUUCCUGCUUCGCUUUCUAUCAGCUGCUGCUUUGCUUCAAUGGGUGGAGACCUUUCGUCCUUAUCAGCAAGAACCCAGCCCGCGGACACUUGGGCUACAUUUUCUGUUCUUACGUUAAAACUCAAGAUGAGUUGACUGGUCCUGGGUGAACACCCCCCCCCCCCAAACCCCACCCCCACCAGUUGACAAGAAUGUAUGACAAUCAAGAGCAGUUGCUUUUAUUUCAAUCCAGCUUUAAACACUUUACUGAGGAGAGCUGAGAAGAUCCAGUAGUCAUUUUCAGUGUCGCAUUUUUUCUUACUGGCGUCGCCAAACUCCGUUCAGACAUCAGACGGGAUCCUGCUGCACCACUUAAGCAUCAUCACCACACGGUGGUCAGUCAUUUCUGAUUAACGUUUUUUAUUUAGUACUUUUCUAAAAAACUCCUGAACAAAGUCUACUUGUCACGAAUCUCAAAAGACCGAUGGUAACUUAUUCUUAGAGCAGUUAACUUUUGUUCCCUUUUUAGGCAGCUGGACUUUUAGUUUAAAUCUGAGCACUUAAAUCAAGUUUCUUAUCCCUGAAUGAGAUUUUUUCAGAUUUUAAGAUGGCGUGCUAGGGUGACCCAGAACAAAAAUCUGUUUUGACAAUAAAGUUUAUAAGUCGUGAAAAAGUCGACGUUGAGCCUAAAUAUGAUUUCCAUCGAAAAACAAAAUGUACUUGGAGUUAAAAAGUGAAAGGCCUGUGCAACUGAAAUAUGGUGACCGAAUAUUUCAAAACAAGUUUUAAUCGGAACAAAUUCUAGCUUCUCACGUAUCUGGAGGUAGAUGUUCUAAGACUUGGUGUGAAGGACGUUCCACGUGCUCUGCUGCAACAGGAACAAACUCAUGUUUUUUUAGUUUCCUGGCAGACGUUUACUCAGAAUCUUCAAUCUAAAAGCACUAAGAAACAGACCAAGUACUUCAUUCUUAGAAAUCAUAUGUAGACGUUUGAGUUGUCUGAGAGGGCCUAAAAUGCCAUCGUGUGAUUGAUAGUUGCUUAGAUUUAAUAAGAAAUAAUUGUAGGUUUGCCGUUUUUGUCCAAACAUUUAAACAUGCUGAGAUUUACUUUCAAAUCACUAAAAUACAACAAACAUCAUUCCGACUUUAGUUUUACUGAAAUGGAUGCUCCAGAUGGGUUUCUGGUGCUCAUUGAUGAGCAGUGAGGAAUCUUAUGGUUUUCUCACUUUUAGUUAAAACUCCUUAUUUUCCCUAAACAUUGUUAGCUUCUAUGUAGAAUUGUAGAUUGGCUGAAGAAGGAAUCUCUACAUCUUUUGUUUAAAAAAAGACUUCCUGUAUGGUUUUUGUUUUCUCCGUCUACCUUCUGAUGGAUUGGCUGUGUUCCAUGAAGCUUCCUAUAAGACCUCUCUAGUAGAUCUAACUUCAUUUGAUGGGCUUUGGCCGCCGGCGUGCCGUUGAUUUCAUUAAAAGUUAUGUUUUGAACCAUGAAAGGCAGUAGAAGUGAUCAGAGUAAUCCUUGAACUAUGGGUAAAACAUGCAACAGCUAAUCGUACCACCCUUUAGCUUCAGAACCCGUUUAAUGAUGUGAAACAGAGACUGCUUGUGUUUAAGGGCAGUGGCAUGAAUAUUUCCAUGCUCAAACCUGAAUGUGUACGAGGAUGUCAGUGGAAGCACUUUUAUUCAGUCGUUUUUAUUUAUUCUUCCUAACUACCUAGUGCAUUACGUGGCGGAGCUGUGAGGCUGGCUCGGGUGCGAUAAAGGUGUUUGUAUUUGUUUACCCGGCGGAGCACAAUGCUGGUCUCUAGUCCUGCUUAUGCAUGCAGCAGCUCUCACCUUCAGGGAAGAGAAGACGUCUGCACACAGCCUCCUUCACGAGCCACAGGUUCUCCGCUCUCCUUUUUCUUAAUGCUGUUGUUUGACUCAAUCUCAUCACCGUGUUACGGCUCGACGUUUCCUCUGGCGACAAAUUUUACAGUAAUCCAUUUCGACAAGCCUCUCACGAGCUAAUUCUAAGCCUAUUAAGUUGUUGCAGAACUUGACUGAGGAUCACGUCAGGACUGCUUUUUUUUCCUUUUAGUGUAUUCUUCCUUCAACUUGUUACAAAACCCCAGAAAAGCCAGGCACCCAUGGCUUCUUUGCUGCUCUCAAAUGAAACGGAAAAUUCAAUUUUCCUCAAUUUGUUGCCCAUUUUAAUGUGCAGGAUGGCCUUUCUUCCUUCGUUCAGCUGCAACAGCUUAACUCCAUGCCCCGAUGCGACUUAGAUUUGCUUUCACUUUUCCUCUUUAGACACGAGAGUGGCCUCACGGAUGUUGCAGUGAAACAGAAUUGGCAGAAAUAGUUAGAGAUGCGUUUUUGCAGUAUUCCACGAUAAUGUUGGGGCUUUUCACGAGCAGUGAAGUUCAAAGUCUGUAGAUCACCAGUGUUUCCAAGAGGAUCAUGGGUAGUGUGAUUUCAGACCAGAUUUUUGCCUUCUAGAAAAUAAAAUGAGAGGAAGGUAGCUGGCUUCCUGUGAGGUUUGAGCUGUUUGCCAAACACGUCUGGGGAUUUCCACCUUCUGAUUUGUUUCUUUUGCACAUAUGUAAAUAAUGUAAAGGAUCAACAGGUGUCAAAUAAAGCUGAUGUACAGAUGAACUCCA